CGUCAGCGCGCGCCGGCCGGUGGGAACGCCGAGGAACGUGGAGGAGCGCUUUUCUCGGCUGGCUCCGCUCUCACGCGCCAUGGCGGCCCCGGUGCAGCAGCCUCCUCAGCCUGGGGGUGGAAAGCGCAAAGGCAAGGCUCAGUACGUGCAGGCCAAGCGGGCUCGGCGCAGUGAUGUGGUCGGACCGCGGCAGCUGGAACCUGGGCUGCAGGGGAUCCUCAUCACCUGCAAUAUGAACGAACGCAAAUGCGUGGAGGAGGCCUACAGCCUGCUCAACGAAUACGGCGAUGAUUUGUACGGGCCCGAAAAGUUUACAGAGAAGGAUCAGCAGCUUUCUGGAAGUGAGGGAGAAGAUGAUGUGGAGGCUGCUUUGAAGAAGGAAGUUGGAGACAUAAAGGCUUCUACAGAGAAGAGGCUAAGAAGAUUCCAGUCAGUAGAGAGUGGAGCAAAUAAUGUAGUCUUCAUCAGGACACUUGGGAUAGAACCUGAGAAAUUGGUGUAUCAUAUUCUCCAGGAUGUUUACAAAACUAAGAAAAGGAAGACUCGAGUUAUUUUACGAAUGUUACCCAUCUCAGGCACGUGCAAAGCUUUCUUAGAAGAUAUGAAAAAAUAUGCAGAAACUUUUUUGGAACCCUGGUUUAAAGCACCAAACAAGGGAACAUUUCAGAUUGUUUACAAGUCUCGGAAUAACAGUCACGUGAAUAGAGAAGAAGUUAUCAAAGAAUUGGCAGGAAUUGUGGGCAGUCUGAAUUCAGAAAAUAAAGUGGAUCUCACCAAUCCACAAUACACAGUGGUAGUUGAAAUCAUCAAAGCUGUCUGUUGCCUUAGUGUUGUGAAAGAUUACAUGUUAUUCAGAAAAUACAAUCUUCAGGAGGUGGUGAAGACUGCUAAAGACCCAUCACAGCUUCCCCCAAAGCUGAGAAAUGGGAAAGAAGCAAAAGUGGAAACUAAAGACAAAUUAAAUCAAAAUGACCCAAAGGAAGGGGAGAAUAAUCAGCUGGUGGUGCCACAGAACAAGGAGGAACUGGGAGAGACAAAACCAAGACCUGAGACUCAGGUGGAGAGGGAGGAAGGCGCUGAACCCGAACUACCCAGUCGAACCCAGGAAGGGUCCAGAUCAAAUGAAAAUGACCUCUCAUAGGAGGCUUUUUGUGUCGGAGGUGGGUUUCUCAACCCAAGUUUUGUGAGUGGUACUGGGGUUCCUUACGUGACUUAAAUACCUUGACUUUUGUAUGCUGCACAGUGCUGAUCUCACAGCAGUGAGCAGUGAUCCCUCAGCCCUGUUAAUGGUUUCCACAGAGCUCUUUCGGCCCUGAUGGCAGUGUGUGGGCCCGCGUGUUGUCACCUGGGCUGGGGGUGGUCAGAGGACGAUGUUGCUUCUCCCUCCUUCUUCAGCCUCCACUCUGUGUGCCAGCUGACUGACGGGAGGGAAUGAGCUCUGAGAAGUAAGAAAUCAGAGGGAAGUUUGCAUUCUAAGAAGGAAUGGAAUUUUAAGUGCCACAGCUGAGCUGUCCCCUGCCACUUCAUUGUAAACACUGCAAAGUUGUGGAUUAGGUAGGCCGAAAGUGAAUUGUUUCAUGAUGGUUUUCUUGUUUAGUUGUGUCUGUUUAUGUAUUUCAUUAAUGUUUGUUACGAACAAAUGUGAUAGCCAUUGCUGCAAGUUUUGAAGUCAAGGUAGGAGAUAGAAGACCUUUUUACGCAUAGACCUAUGGACAUUUUUGGCAAGGUUUGUGAUGAAGAAUUACAAUCUUUUGAGUUACUCCUUAUACAGUACUAAUACAGCAAGAAGUAUGAAGCAAUUCUGUCUUUAUAAUAAAAGCUGCCUCUCACAGGUUUUACAUGCACUCAUAAUCAGAGUUGUUCUGUUUUCAUUGUGCUUUGUCUGUAGCUUUUAACUAAAUCAGUUGUUUGACAAGAAUGUUGAUUAUUUUAAAUAGCUUUUUUAAUAUUAAAGCUUUUGUUUAAAAAAAUCACAGUAGGCAGAAUGACUUAGGAAGCAAAUUAUUUGGUAGCAGAUCUUAUCCCAGCAAAGAAAAGUAUACAUAGUUGAUGGACAUUUAAUACCAACAUUAAAAUGCUGAGAAAAGUACAAGAAAUUGAAAUCACUUUACUGUCCGUUUAAUAAGUUGAUUUGCUAAUAAUGUCACAUGCUAAAAAAAAGUUUAUGUAACUAGGAAACAAGCCUUUUUAUCUUGGUUAACGUAUCAAGAGAUUUCACAAAUAUUUGUCGUUCUGUAACACUCAUAAGAUUUAUAAAUGGUGGUGAAAUUAAAAAAAUAUCUUCUGAUGUGAUGAGUCUCAUAAAACCAAGAUCAGUAUGUAUUUAUUGUGUCUUCAUACCUGAAAACAAAAUGUCUAUCAGUUGUACUCCCAAUAUACCAUUAAUGGUUAUGAUAUGAUAGUUUUGCCACAUUUAAAAAGAAAAAAGAAAUCCUGGUGUUGACAUUAUAGUACACAGCCUUUUUUUUUUUCAUAGCAAUACUGAUACCAAAAACUUGGAGAUGAAAUGAAGAAAGUUUAAAAAAAUGCUACAGAAGUGGUUAACUUUAGUAAAGACCGUUUAUGCCACAUUGUUUAAAAAAUAUUCCUAAAUUAAAAUCUGGGCAAAGAGCAAUAAGCUUCCUGCUUCAUACAGAAACCUAGGGGCUGGGGAUAUAGCUCAGUGGCAUAAGCUCCUGCCUGGUGAGUGCAAGUUCCUGAGUUCGAUCCCCAGUACUGCCAAAAAAAAAAAAAGAAAGAAAGAAACCUAGUGGUUUGUCAGAGGAAGUGUUCUCAGAAUAGAAACAUGAAUUGUUAGGAUAAUUACAAGAAAGUGGGUCUUGCUGAGUGCUUUGAAAGUGAAGAAUGAGGGCUGGGGAUUUAGCUCAGCGGCACAGCACCUGCCUGGCAAGCGCAACGUUGUGAGUUCUACUCCCAGUACUGGAAAAAAACCAAAAAAAUAAAAGUGAAGAAUGGCUGUGGAAGCACAUUUCCAGCUUGUAUAAAUGAACAAGUUUCUGCAAGAUUCUAGAGAAAAAGGUCUUUUUUCUAAAAGUGAUAAGAAUUUUAGAAGGAAACAUUCUGAAAAAGUCAUUUUAAGGGUUGAUGGUAGAAAUCUCAAAAUGUUUAUUCAGUAACUUCCACAUCAGAAUGAAGAAUAUAGCCAGAGGGUCGCUGUGAGUUCAAGGCUAGCCUGAACUACCUGGCAACACCGUGUCUCAAAGAACCAAAAAGAAAAAAAAGAGAGAAUGAAGAAUUCAAAAGUCCAGGCUUUUGGCUACCUGGAAGGCUACCUGGAAGAAAUGCAAAGCCAAAUUAAGUAUAAUUUCCUCUUCCUCUCUGAAAGAAAACUUCACUCCAGUCUGACAAUUUUGGAUUUCUCUGCAAUUUCAACUUACUGUUCAGAUGCACUGUAGUGCUCCCUCAGGGGCUCACUGAUUGAGAAAGCUGGGAAGUGAUAAACUGUCUAGAUUGAGAACAUUAGGCUGUAAAAUUAGUUUUUGAGAUGAGUUUAUAUUUAUUUAAAUUUUUAAAAGUUAGGAAGCAAUAUAAAUGUUAAGGCUUCCUGUGCAAGUGGCUGUGUCAAUUUAAUGGCAUACAUGAACAUUUCUACUCUUGGUGAGGGCCUCCGAUGGUAAACCAAGCUGGAAGGGUUUGGGAGGAGCAGAGAAUACGUAGGGCCUUGGUAAUGUACCUAGGACUGGUACUUUCUUGAGUAUCUUCAGAUACUUAAUUCCUUCCGUGGGAUGAACUCAGCUUUGCGCAUGCUCGGCAGGGCUUGUACUGCUGAACCACGUCCCUCGCUUUUUAUCUUUUAUUUUGACACUCACUAAAUUGCCUAGACUGCUGUGAACUUGUGAUCCUUCCGCCUCAGACUCCCAAGUAGCUGGGAUUGCAGGUGUGUACUACUGCAUCCUCCCCAGAAUGUUGACUCUUGAUGUUGAAGUCACAUCAAAAGGUUGAGUAUUAGUAUCAUUUGGGAGGAUAGGAAGGAUCUUGGUGCCUUCUUCAGACAUGCUCUAGGACAGAUAUUUUAUUUUGAUAGUGCAAGACAAAGGGACUCUGGGAAUAAAUUUGCUGUAUCUGAAUUUCUUUUGCUUUGUGGAGCUGCUACUCUACAGAAAGAUUUUGAUUUUAUUCUUUUUACGUGGCAUUUGUAUUUAUUUGUAUGUGGUAAAAUCAGUGUGACACAAGCUAUUGUUCCCAACAUAAAUACUAUGCUUUGUUGGAAUCUGCAUUUACUCAUUAAAAGAUUUGCUUUUGGGUGUAUCAGUUGUUUCUUUUCACUAACAUUUGAACGUAUUAUUUAUAACUAGGGUGGAUAUUAUGUAUCUUUUGUUCUUACAGUGUUUUAAUUAAAAUUAUGGUAGUUAAACAUUUUGUGUUAUGAUUUAUGAACUUGUUUUGCUCUAAAGAGAAAAGAGUUAAACUUCAUGUUUUAAAAUGCUUUUCUCUAAGGUUAAACAUGAUUUUCAAGUGGUAUUUUACUUGUGUUUUGCUUUUGGUACAGCUAGAUGCUCAGCUUGUUUUUUAUAGCUCCUGAUAUUUUCAGAAAAAUCAAAAUAAAGUUGUUCCCUAAAGAUG